AUGAGGCAGGUGCAUAGCAUCGCUGAGUCUAACAAGGGUCAUCGUGGAGCGUUGGAAUUAUCUGUGGAUGUAAAAUUGGUAUGCCACCAUGUUUCUGAUGCAAGGAUUUUGUUUCCGGAAGAAGAGUUAUCAUCACAAUAUGGUAUGGUGCUAGCUAGUAAGUCAUCCAUGGAGUUGUUGAAGAAGACGGAGAUUGAUGAAGAAAAUAACAAGGACGAAUGUAUGGUGUGUCUAGAAGAGCUUGUGAAGAAGGAGCCUGAUCAUGAGAUACUUAGCAUGCCUUAUUCUCAUAUGUUUCAUGGAGAGUGUAUCACCAAGUGGUUAGAGACAAGCCAUUAUUGUCCUAUUUGUCGCUUUGAGAUGCCCAUGGACUAA